UCUGCUAGAUAUAGGUAGGUGCGAUUGAGUUAUGCUGCAAUCUCUUGGAAGCACGUACACCGAGUAGAGGGAGCUUAGACAUGAUUGGUGGACGAACUUUGAAGGGAUGGCAAAGUUCGUCGAGAAAAAUAAGAAAGAAAGAAAAGAAAACAACUAUUAAGAAGAAGAGGAAAAAAAGAAGUUUUUGGGAACGUUAUUAUUAUUUCAGUUAUUAUUAUCUUAAGAAGGUCGACUGCUUCGGGAGGAAGCUAGGCCGUUUGUGUUUAAUAUGAGUUAUUGUAGAAUAGCUUGAGUAUGNUUCUCUAGGAGAGAGUUAUACAUUGGAAUAGAUUCAGGAUCAUAGUCUGGCGCCUAACUAGGUUGCA